AUGAAGGCGCACAAGGUGAAAAAGGUGGGGGAGGGAGGAAAGGCGAAGGGCAACAUCGGAGAAGGGGGGGGGUCCAGCUUGGUGAAUCUAAAAAUAAAGAACGAAAAUAUCCACGUAAAAAAUAUUGUGCGGACCAUACACUAUGUGUAUAACAAUAGGUAUGACAGUGAGACGGGGUUCUCCUACAUAAAAGACAUUCUUAAAAAUAUAAUUAAGGGUAAUGUGUACGACGUGGAGCACAAGAGGUACGUGAACGAGUACUGCAUAUAUGAGCUGUGCGCCAGGAUAGUACUAAACAUGGUGAGGAGCAAUACUAAGGAUGAGAACUUUAACAAAAUGAUGGAGUUCCUGUUUGACAUUUUGUACUACUGCGAUGUGCUGCUCAGUGAAAAGGCCAGUCGCAGAGGGGGGAGAAGAACCCCAGCAGGCGCUACUGGCGGUGUUAGCGGCGGUGGAGGCAGCGCCGGGAAGGACGCAACCCAGGAGUAUGAACUCAUUGACAAAUUCUGGAACAGACUUCUAGACAAUAUAUUCAUAAAGGACAGGAAGCAGAGAAUAAAUUUGUGUAGAGUUAUAAAAGCGUUGGUCAAGAAAGCCUGCGCUUUACAGAUUGAUGUGUCAAAUAAGUUAUGCAAAAAGCAUGUGAAUAUUUUUUUAUCCCUUCUUAAUGAUAAGGACCAUAAUAUCCGGAUUCUGUCUCUGAGCAUUUUAGAACCUUUUCAGGACUUCAACACAACAGCUAGCUACCUGCGCUGUCUUGAUGAUUCUCACAACGCAGUUAGAAUACACGCGAUUCAAAAUAUAUCAAUCUACACAGAUGACACAAACGGGGGGAUCAACAAUAAGAAUAAUUAUGACCACUUGAUAAUCCUCAAAAAUUUUCUUAUAAGAAUAAAUGAUACCAAUACAAAUGUUAGAAUAAGUGUGUAUGAAAAGUUAAAAAAUUAUUAUUUUUUUAUCCCAUCGGAUAUGAAAUUUGAGUUCCUCUUAUGUGGACUGAACGACAAGGAUAGCUCUGUGAGGCAAAGUUGUUACAGCAUGAUUAUCCACUGGGUCCAACACUUCAAUGACAAAAUCGAAAAUCUCCUCCUCCACUUAAUAAAUAGCGAUAUUGAUAACGACCUAAUUGUGGAGCAAAUAUGCAAAAUUCACCUGAACACUAUUAGGAAUGGCGUAAUCCGCAGUGGCAGCAUUGAAUUCGAUGAUAUGAAGCAGAGACCAUCAACCGUUCUUUCAUCUCUAGUAGAACGACAAAGUAGUAAAAGUACAAACGAACUGAACAGCGCAGACAACCUACCUAAGUCAAACAAUAAUGAAAGUACUUCCAGCCACAGUGAUAGAAGUAGCCCUUAUGGAGAAGCCUGGUAUACCUACUGCAUAAACAACCUGUUCCUCUUAAACGCAGCGGAGCUGUACAUGCUUCGAGUGUACGUUCAGCACUUUUGUGAUGAACAAGAGAAGGAAAAAAUCGACGCACUUAAAGUGAUCAAUGCCGUGUACUACUACAUGCACCUGAGCCGCUUCAAUGAAAAGGUCUACUACAACAGGAAAAAUUAUAUUAACUGUAUAGAAAAUAAUGAGAGUAAUCAGGCAGAUAAUCUCCACCUCUUCUGUACCUGUGGGAAGGGCAAGACGGAUAUAAAGGUGCUGGAGGAGGAAAGGAAAAGGAAAUUCAUGGAGAGUUCCAUUUUCGAUGAAGACUUUUGUGAUAAGUGCAUGUACUACCGGGCUGUGUGUAACAACCAAGAUGGGGUGAAUAGUGACGGCGGUGCAAAUUUGGCCAAUCGGGAAGAAAAGGAAGAGGAGAAUAGUCCCGCAGAGCACGUCCUCAUCAACGAAGAUAACAUUAACGAAAAUUACAAUUACAUUUGUAACAUGAAAAAUCUUCUGUUGAUUUGUAAAUACCUAGACAUCAUUGAAACGUACCAGGUGGAUAAAAUUCUCAAGUGUUGUUCCACCGUCCUGUUACGUGGUCCCCUGCGAGAAGUCAUCAUCAAAUGUAUGCUCAACAACACGGGGGUCAAUUACUACAAAUUGCAGAAGGGACAUAUCACGUGUGCCUACUGGCUGAGCAGCAGUUAUAUAUACGCCUGUCUGGAGCUACUCCGACAGAUGGUCUACAUAAAAAAUAAAAAUUGCGACGCGAAUGAGGUAGAAAUUAGUCUGACCAAUCAGAUACUGGGUAUCAUCUCGGAAAUUAAGGAACCGUUUGAAAACACCGAGAGUGAGGACCCCUUUGCCGUAGACACGGUCAAUUUUGCUGAGGGCGAGGAUGAUGAGCAAAAUGGGCCAACGCAAAGGCAAGCGCGCGUGGAGGGUUCCCCUAAACAGGAAGCGAAAGGGCAGUCGGCGAAGGGGCAGGCGGAGAAGAAUCCCCUGGCGGCCCUCUUCAACAACAUCCUGAAUGUGGAAAAUGACACCAUCUUUGACAUCAUUAGGAAGAAGAAACUGAGCACAUUGUCGAUCGAGCACCUGCUGAUCCUCUGCAGGAAGAUGCAACACAAGCUGGAUGUCACCGAGGCGAAGAUAAAAGAUUUGACCGAGAUGGAUCGGGAACGAUCUUCUGAAGAAGUAAAGUCCUCUAAUACAAAUGACCAGAAGGAGGGAAGCAACCAUGCAGUCUUCGCAUUCCAUGAUCAGAUCAGACUACACACACAAAUAUUUCUAAAGCAAAUAACCAUGUUGAGCUUGCUGCGCCUGGAACUGAAAAGGAGGUGGUUGAGAAUUCUCUUCAUAUUAGAAUGUUUCUUAUGUAAGAGUAAAUCACACUGUUCCUUCGAUUCAGCUCUGCGUGAAUUUCCAAACGAGCUGUUACUACCUGCAUUGAAUUUCUGUUGCUCGAUAAUGCCAGAGUGGGAUGACAAAGAAAUAGAAGAUCAGUUCUACGACAUAAUUGUGUCCAAGUGUUUGGGCAAUUGGUGCAUGUAUAUAAGUAACGAUGAUGAAUUGAAGAAACAAAUUUAUGCUUACAAGACUGCUAUAGUGGACACAUGUGAAGUAUUGAACAGCUGCCUCCUCAGCAUUGAAAGCAUUCAUGCGAAAAUAUGCCCCAAUGUGUACCAGAAGGCCAAUAUUGAUUUGAUGACGCAGGCUGAAAGGGGGCUUAAUAAGAGCGGAGCUGCUGGGAAUGCCGCCGGGAAUGCUGCGGCGAAUGCCGGCCAGGGCGCUCCCCAGGAAGAUCAUGAUGAUGAUCAGGAUGAGGAUGCGAAUAACCAACUCAUCUUCUAUGAAUAUAAUCCCCCAAAUGAGUCCCUUUUAAACUACUUUGCCACCAAUCAAAAUGCGUGGUAUGAAUAUAAGGAGCUGUUAGAAAAGCUAGAAAUAAAUUCUCUGCGGUGCGAAAUAUACAUUUGCGUGUUGGGUGACUUGCUCAUGACACACCCGAAUUUAAACAAUGACAAAUUGAUCAUCGAUGCGAUUGAAAAUAUUUGGAGCUACCUAAGUGGCACUGUCAACACGAGCAAAUAUAUUCAGUCGAUUUGUCUUCGAGUCUUCUGCAAAUUAUUAUUAACUGAAUUUCUAGGGAAUCAUAUUUAUAGAAUGUCCAAUGAGGAAAUGCACAAAAUGGUGAGAAGGUCUUCUAACAAAUUGAGAGCUCUGUUUGAAAUGUGUUUCCUCAUCUCUCCUUCGACCUACAAUUGUGUUCAGGACUUCAAAAAGAUUAGUACAUUUAACAUAACGAAUAUAAAUGCACAUGACAAAUUGUUUCUCUUUUCUGUGUUCUCCAUGUACCCCUCCAUGAGUGAGACAAAUCUCUUAGUCUUCCAUUUUACCUUCGAAGAAGUGUUACUAAAAACAUGCGACGGAGUCUUGAAGCAUAAAUUGAGGACCAUCAACUAUACGAACAUUCUGACCUUUAUUAUUUUCACCAUUUUACAUAAGGCGAACAUACACUUCCUCGUUGCGCACUUCCCCAAGUACAUAAAAUCGAUCCUACUUGUUAUCAUUGAGAAGGGCGUCGCCUUAACUAGCCGUUCCAACAUUAUCGAGCUGGUCUACAAAAUUAUUCAGAUUUACCUCUUUCACGAUUUGGGUGACGUCCGGGGGCGGGGCAUCUCCGCAGCUUCCGCCUCGGCCUCUGUCCAUGCUCCCACUGGCGAUGGGACAAAUGCCAAAGAGGGCGGGUUCCACGAACAUAGGGAAGUGAAGAAAAGAGGUAGGAAAAGGAAAAAUGCAGCACCCCCUGAAGAAACAAAUGAGAAAAAAGAAGCAGACGAUAGAGGAGAAGCCAAUCUAAAGACACAUAACAAUUUCGAAAUGGAAAUGGAACAAGAAGAAAGAAGAGCAGCACAGGGUGAAAAGUCACAAAACGGAGAACAUAAUAAAAAUUUCACCAUUUUCUUCAAAAGUGCCCUCACCGAUGUUAAUACCACCAUUAAAGAUUUAAAGACAUUCUAUGUCCUCAUCAAUUUUUGUAUGCAUUCUAGUGAUAUUAUAAAAUCGAGAAAUGAAAUUAAAUUAUGUGAAGCAUUGAAGGAAUGUGUGCAGAAAAAGAUAGACGAGGUCAGGACCUACUUUGUACAAAGGAACCUUGUGGUUGGUGCUCCUACCGGGGUAGAACCCCCCAUGGGAAAUACAACAAAUACUCUUCUAGAUGUAGCCAAAAUGGAUGCCCUCAAGGAAGAAACCAUUUACGAAGAAAUCAUCAAUGAGUAUGCUAAUUAUAUAGCUACCUUGCGUCACAGAAAAUUGUCCUACCCAGUCGUCCCCAGGGGGGUAGACGGCUGCAAUGAAGAGGAAAUGUCCACUGAAGAAAUCAUGAAACACAUUAACCACAGCGCGAAGGGGGAGGGUGUGAUGGAAUGCAUCUCUGAUCAUGUGCGCACUGUCGAUGAUGCUUGUUAUGACUUACCAAAUGGAAGCUACGCAUGGCUCUUCGAGCGGGCAACCGACUUGGCCGUUAAGGUGAAAUACCCGCCCGGUGAGCCUGGCAUAGAGCAUAAAGAAACACAGGACGAAUUCAUUGAUGCAAAUGACGAGGCUUCAUGUUCCAUUCAAAACAGCUUCGAGACUAUCGAUGAUGUUAAGACGUUUAGUUCCCCUGUUGAUGAAGUUCAGGAUGUCAACACUGUGCCCAAGCUUGCCGCGGCCCGCAGCGACGAAACGAUUUUGCAGGACGGGCGAGAUGGCCUCACAUGCGUAAGCUACAACCGGCAGGACACAGUAGUGGAGGAAGAAGCGGUGGGGGAAGAAGCGGUGGGGGAAGAAGCGGUGGGGGAAGAAGCGGUGGGGGAAGAAGCGGUGGAGAAGGCAGCAGUGGAAGAGGGAGCCGCAGAAGGAACUCCCCGUAGGGAAGACCCCCUCAACGACAGCAGCAUAAAGCGAGAUAAACGCAACUCCCCGCGCAAACUAACCGAUCUGAACAUAAGCUCCAGCGAAGAAAGCCCCGAGGACGAGGACCACCCCUCAAGCAUGAACGACUUCGAAAGUGUGAGGGAUGCCUCCGAUUUUGAAAACAACAGCAGCGGAAGCAGCACGCACAGCAACGACUCCACCGCUAUGGCGUUUAAGCGGUUAAAUAAGUUGAAGCGCACCAGCUACACGAACGUCGUUUCGAAGUGA